CCCUUCCCUCCCCCGCGCCCAGACUGACAGCCGGGCGGGCGGAGGGUCGGCCCGGCACCGGCCCUGACCGAGCGGUGCCCCGUGGGGCUGAGCUUGCCGCCGCCCGGCGCAGCUGCCAUGCGGGUGGCGGCGGGGCCGUCCCCGCUGAUGCGGGGCACGUAUGCCCUUAAUGACCGGCACCGGUCCCGCUUCCCAGCAGAAGUUUUCUGCCCCAAGAGCCGCUCGCGUCGGUUUUCCGAGGGUUCGCCCCGGUACCGCGUCUCCUCCGGGCGGGAGCCGGGCGGGGAAAGUUUUCUUCGCCUUUCUGUGUGCCGCCUUUGCACCGCGUCUCCUCGUCAGGCCUGGAGCGAGGGGGCUCGGGCUGUGCCUGAAGCGAUCGCAUCUCUGCAAAACUGUCACAGAAAAAGUAGCCUGUGCACGCGUGGAAGGUUUAUUGAUGAGGGCAACGAUGCGAAUGGCCUUUCGUUUUCCAUCCGGAAAGAGAGGGAAAAAGUACUUUUGCCACACAGAUGCGGUGAUGUGAGCGAUACUUUUCUGGCUAAAUGAGAAGCUUGAAGACAAAUCGAAUGCUCUGCAGUUAGUACAUGAAGCAAGAGUAACGCAUAAAUUGAUCUGUGCUGGUUCAGGAUGGUUGCAUGCACUGUAUCUGUUUUUUCCCAAGUUGUAACGUGUUAAAAAAAGAGAUAGGGGCUUUUAGCAGAGCAGUAAAUCUACUAACCAACGCAUAGUUAUGGAGCCACUAGAAUUGUCUUCUAUUACUUUAAGAUUUGCUGCUUGAGUUGACGAGCAGGACACUGGGCGCUGCGCAGCGGCGUAGGUUGAGAAACGCUUUUGACAUUAUGUCCCAGGCCACCAACUGAACUGAGCCCGUGUUCGGCCGUCAAGCAAAAUGCGAGUAUGACAAAGCACUGUCGAGCUGUGGCAGCCUCGCAGCCUCGCUUGCGCUGCUUUCCUGCAGCAACUCCUUCAUGAAAGGCACUGGUUUAGGCAUCUCCUUUAUCAGUUUGUCAAUAAAACCCAACAAUGUAACUAAUGGGGGAAAUGCUUUCAGUUCUCUCACAUGUAUUUGCAAAAUACAUACGUGCACAUAUAUAAAUAUAUCUGUGCGUGUAUGCUUUAACAUUACAGCAGACUUAGAAUAUGAAUGUUAUUUUAAGUUGGGAAUCGUGUUAUCUUUUUAUAAAUAUAUAUGAAACUGGACUUUUAAAGUUGCUGUGGAGUGUGGCCCGUAAAUUUCUUGAUGCUUGGUUUUCUUUUUGUCUGUUUGCUUUUAAAUCAUGUUUUGUAACUUAAUCGUGAAAAUGUUAACGGUUCUUGUUACCCAUGUUUUUAUUCCUAAUUGGAAGUAUAGACUUUGGAUUUUGCGUUGAAACUGAAACAUUAAUGGUUGCCUCCUAAGUCCACUGGGCAGCUGCAGUGCUACAUAUGAAUUAUCGUGUAACCAGAAGGUAAUUUACACUUACUCAAAAUCAGUCUUUAAUUUUAAACUGUGGUGUCUAAAGAUGGCCCUUAUUUUUUUACGUUUAUCAAGAAUUUGUGUGAAUGUGUAUUGCAAGUCAGAUACGUGAAGCUGUUGAGAGUGUUUCAUGAUUGUAUUUCUAAUGCGGCGCAUGUUACAUGCAAAGGCGUUGCGUUUUUGCCGGUCGUGCCUGCUAGGAAAUUUUAGAUAGGAAAACUUGAAAUGGUUUCCUUUCCUUUAAUGGAAAGGUUUGAGAGAGCUGCCAUGUUCUGACCGUUCUUUGUCAUGGUAAUGUGACGCAGAAUAGCAAAUGUCGAACAUCUCCAUCUAAGGUCCUGCAACUCGAUCAUAUGGUUUUGUAACCGUGUAGCAUAAUUUGGUGUGUGUCCUUGUGUUUACCUGAUAAAUGCAGGGUGGAGAUUUAUUAAUUAAUUGGAAAUGCAGGCAAAUUGUAUUUUGCUUUACUGAUGGUAACUUGGGUAUUUUGUAAUCUGAAUUGGAUAGUCAGUGAUUGUUAGGAAGUGAGAUGUUAGGGCAUAUCUUUAAUUGCUCAUCUAAAUUUAUUUCUAAUAUGCUAGAACAGGUAAUAUGACUGGCAAAAUAGGAUGGAAAGGAAAGCAGUGAUUCUUUUACAAAAUGAAGUCGCAGUUUCAUUACUAGGCAAGAAAACAUUGACCUCUUUGCCCAAGCAUUUUGAUUUUCAGUUGAAUUUUUUUUAACAAUUUUUGCUGUGUGAGCUGCAGUAAGCAAGUGUGCAGUCACAGAAUGCUAAUUCAGAGUGGUGUAGGUCAGAAUAUUGUGUGGUGUUUAAGUGGAUCUCCCCGUUUCAACACUUCUAUUUUUCUUUAUACCAUUUAAAGUUAAAAGGCUGGAUUCCUAUUCCCCCCCCCAGUACUUUUGUUAGAAAUUUUUACAGAUGUUAGGUGAAGACAAAAAUAAUUUUAAAAAAAAUCUUCCUACAUGGGCAGCUGGUAAACUUUCACUGUGAAUGCUGAGCAUUGAACAAGGAUUAAAAUUUAGCAAAACCAGAGAUCUGAAAUGUUUUUGGUAGCAGCUACGUUGACUGAACUUGUGCAACGCAGGUAGCAUGUGCCAGAUUCUUUAAAUCUCUCUGCUUUAACAUUUAUAAUGGAAUUUUAAUUUUAAAACAUAACCAAAUCCCUAGUUUGAAAUUCUUUGCUGAUAGCACCCAAAUACAAUAAGAUGUAAAUUGAAAUAUGCUGUCUACAUGUCGUAUUUUUCCCCUGAGUGACAACGUCAUUUCAGUUGAUAAUAAAGGUCCAAUCGUAAGAUUUACAGAGCUUUCAAUCUGCACAGGUUGUUGUGAUGUUUGAUGGGAAAAUGCUUCUUAUUUUCCAAUAGUAAAAGCCUUGUUGCAGUCAAAGCCCUUAGGUUGUAGAGCUGAGAAUGAAAAGCUGGUGGAGAAGGGAAACCUGAAUUUACCCACUACGGAGGAUGACUUACAAAACCAUAAGCUUGCAUAUGAAAUAAAACAGAAGACUGAGAAGGAGAAGGACAGUUGUGACGGUGUUGGUUAGUGUUCAUAACCGGUUUCUACUGCAGUUGUGGGGAAGGAGUGGAAAUGCAGGGUAGGGCCUGUAGCACCAGCAAGUGAAACACGGAUGGGAAAUCUCUGAGGAGACCUCAAAUACCUGUUCCGCACAGAAGUUUUAAUACGUUUUUGGAACCGCUGUUUUGUUUUGGGUUGUUUUCCCUCUUUAGCGCUGCCAAACUCCUGGAGAAGAGUCCGUUCUCCGUCGGCGCCCCGACCCCCCUGCUCCCCUCGCCGGCGAGUCUGCAGCUGGCUCAGCUCCAGGCACAGCUCACGCUCCACAGGCUGAAGUUGGCUCAGACCACCGUCACCAACAACCCGGCUGCUGCCACCGUUCUCAACCAGGUGCUCUCCAAAGUGGCCAUGUCUCAGCCGCUCUUCAACCAACUGAGGCACCCCACCGUGAUGAACGCCCCGCAGGGCCACGCCGCAGGGCAGCCGCAGGGGCCUGGCAUCACCGGCGCGAGGUUCCCCUCCAGCGGCAUUGCCUUUCCCACCCAGAGCCCAGCCUUAGCCACGCCAGGGGGUGGCCUGGGGCCUGUCCAGGGCCAGACCCCCAACGCCAUCGUCAUGAGUCCCUUCGGAGGCGUCAUGGCUCCCACCUCUGGCCAGCAACCCGUGGUGGUGGGUCUCAACAAGGCAGGUGCCUCCGCCUCCACCGCUGCUGCUGCCGUGGGAGGCUUUUACGAGUACAACAAGCAAAACACCACUACUGCCACCCCUCAGGCGUACGCCUCGGAGGGGGACCAGCCCAGCCAGCAUGGCUUCCUCACCGGCGGGACCCACGCAGCCUCCUCAGCGGCAGGGCCGCAUUACGAGAGUCACUUCGGGGCUCCCAGCCAGCUGCAGCACGAGGCAGCGGCGGCCUUUCCCAAGGAGGCCUAUGGGGCAGCGGCACAGCACGGGGCAGCGCGGGCCUUCCCCAGUGACACGCACACCGGCUCCCAUCCGAAAGGAGAUCCUGGCCCCGUCUUGCACGGCAGCGGUACAAGCAACCAGUGGGAAAACAUCCCUAAUUUCCCCAGCCAAAACAAGCCUGACCUUGUGCCCAGCGACAGCCUGUGGCCAUCAGCAAGUCAGCAGCAGUAUGAAAUAAGAAACGAGCUCUACAACCCUGAAGAGCCGACACCUGACACAAAGUUCAGCGCGGCCGCCCCCCCCGCCUUCAGCCGCCCCAACCACAGCAAGCAGAGCUUCGGCAGCCCUCGCAUGAGGCAGAAGGAGGAGCGGAGCGGCGGCGUGCCUGACCUGCCCGCCCGCUCCCUGCCGCCACACCAGCUGGGCGACCUCCGCGGCGCGGCCCCCCUUCACUUCCCCCACAUCUGCGCCCUGUGCGACAAGAAGAUCUUCGAUCUGAAGGACUGGGAUCAGCACGUUAAGGGAAGUCUUCACAUCCAAAAAUGUAUGGCUUUUUCAGAUAACACUGGUAUCCGAUGUGUGUUAAGCUCAGCAGAUGGAACAUUGCAUUUAUCACCAAAUAAUGCAGCAGUUUUCAAUCCGUCUAGUAUCGAAGAUUAUCCACCAAAUGUCGGCUCAUCUUUUAUCACUACGUCAGCAAGAUCCUUUGGCCAGCCAGUUCCUACAUUUUCUUCUCCUCCAUCAGGGUUUCCCCAGAGGAAAUCCACGCUGGGUCGAGUUGUUCACAUCUGCAACCUCCCUGAAGGAAGCUGCACAGAGAAUGAUGUCAUUAACCUGGGCCUCCCGUUUGGGAAGGUCACCAACUAUAUCCUCAUGAAAUCCACUAAUCAGGCCUUUCUGGAAAUGGCUUACAGCGAAGCAGCACAAGCCAUGGUGCAGUACUACAAAGAAAAACCUGCUAUGAUAAAUGAUGAUAAGUUACUUAUUAGGAUGUCUAAAAGAUACAAGGAAUUGCAGCUGAAGAAACCAGGUAAGAAUGUGGCUGCUAUCAUCCAGGACAUCCACUCGCAGAGGGAGAGGGACCUGCUGCGUGAAGUGGACAGCAGGUAUGGCACGGAGAGGCCCCGCUCUCGCAGCCCCAUAAGCCGCUCCCUGUCGCCCCGAUCCCACACUCCCAGCUUUACUUCCUGCAGUUCACCCCACAGCCCGAUGGGGACCGGCAGGACCGACUGGGGAAAUGGGAGAGAGUCAUGGGAUCAGUCCCCGUAUUCUCGACGGGAAGAGGAAAGAGACAGCAGAGAAUGGCGAGAGAACGGGGACGAGAAGAGGGACAGGACUGACAUGUGGGUACACGAGAGGAAACAUUAUUCCCGACAGCUGGACAAGUUUGAUUUGGAUGAACGGAUUGAAGGAGGCAGAGGGCACAGAGAAAAAUAUUUAAGGAGUGGUUCCCCUGGCUCCCUUCACCCUUUAUCUGGCUACAAGAGCAGGGAAGAUGACUAUUACCGGAAAACCUUUAAGUCAAAAUCUGACAAGUUUCAGAGGCAGCUGCAGGAUUUACCUGGGAGAUCUAAGAGAAAGGAAGAGGCAAAGUUAAGGGAACGCAGGCAUUCUUACAGCGAGGACGCUGCCAGGGAGGAGGCGGCUGAACAGAAGCAUAGCAAAGCGUCUGAGAGCUCCAGGCAAAAACAAAGUGAUAAGAAUAAGGUGAAGAAAGCUGAAAAAGACCAAGAGGAAGAUGCUGAUGCUGCUGAAGGCAGUGAUGUGAAGGAAACCAAACCUUCUGAGAAUGAGCUUGGAAAAGAGGAGCAAGUUCCAGAGAAGAGCUCACCUUCAGCUAAUAAACAAGGAAAAGAAUCUGGAGAGAUUCUGGAAAACACAAGAAAAGAGAAGGACCGAGAGUGGGAGAGUGGAAGUGAGAUAGAAGGUGAGACCUGGUAUCCUGCUAACAUGGAGGAAUUAGUGACAGUAGAUGAAGUGGGAGAAGAUGAUUUAAUUAUGGAGCCAGAUAUAACUGAGCUUGAAGAAAUAGUACCAGUUGAUAAAAAAAAUAAAACUGCUUCAGAAAUGUGUCCCUGUAUGUCAACCAUGUUAGAACUGAAAAACGAUCACAGCCACUUAACUAGGAGCGAAGACAAAUUUGCCCAUAAAGCUUUAGAAACAAGCUUCAGAUCAGCAAAGGGCAGUGUAGCUUCUAGUGGCUGUCAGGAUGAUGAUGAGGAUGAUGAUAAUGAUGAUGCUGUAACUGAAGCGUCAAGCCUAAAUCUGGACCCUGAGCAGAAACCAGAGGAAUUGCAAGAAGACCAAUCGUCUAAGGAGUCUGAUCCUCAGCAGAAGGAAGGAAAAAUUGAUAAGAGCUCUGACACUCGCUUAGAGCCUGAAGAUCACCAUAUACCUUCUGUUCAUCUGAAAGAAGAGACUCUCCAGCUCCCUGAUACAUUUAUAGAUGAUUACAAACAGAUGGGAUCACAAGGAGCUGAGAGCAGAGAAGUUAUGGAAAUGCUUGUUAAAAAUGCUAGUGAAGAAACAAGACAUGGAAGCCAAGAGUGUCCAGAGGCCAAGGCAAAUUCUAGGUACCUGGAAAUGAGAUCUCUCGAAUACCCGGAGGUAGACGCUAAAAGAAGGCACUCUCCGCCAGGCUGGGAACAAGAGGAUGUCUUCACCGAACUCAGCAUUCCCCUGGGUGUGGAAUUUGUGGUGCCUAGAACCGGGUUUUACUGUAAGCUCUGCGGACUCUUCUACACAAAUGAAGAGACAGCAAAGACAAGUCACUGCAGAAGUACUGUUCACUACAAAAAUCUUCAGAAGUAUCUAUCCCAGCUUGCAGAAGAGAGUCUGAAAAUGAAGGAAGAAGGCAGCCAUCUGCCUCAGGAUGACACUGGCAUUGUUCCUCACUUUGCGAAGAAAAAACUAUGAUGUGGAUGAACUGGAAGAGCUAUAAUGAGUGAAUGCUGAUAAUUUUUUUUAUUAUUAUUUCUAUGAUAUAACUGUCAAUUUGCACUGUACAGAGGAGGGGAAAUAAAGAGCAUGUUCCAUGCAUCUAUGCCCAGAGUGCCAUUAAAAACCAAAAUGCCUGAAACUGUUUCCCACGGUGAAGCAAUGCUGGCAUAUCUGUAAGAAGUGGAGCAAUUCUUUCUCACACUCUGCGUGCUGGGAGUGGUUUCCUAGAUUAAAUCAGAAUUCUCAGGGAUUCUUAAAGUUUUAAUUCUGAUGUGACACAUCAGGUCAGGCAGAGUAUUUAGAAGCACUCAGCAUCCUCCAGUGGACGCUGGAAGGAAAGGAGAUGUGACUAUAAAUAGGCUUUAAUGUCGCUUAAAAUAUCUUCAGCCGUUUCACUCAUUGCCCCAGUGAAAGUUAGGAUUUGCAUAGGACAUCUAAAGCCAUUGUGCUAAAACUAGUCAGUAGAUGGCAUAAUAUAAACCCCAUCAGCAUCCACCUCCACGUGUCUUAGAGCUUGGUGAAAUUAUAAGAUGUUUGUGUUGUUAAGCACUGACUGUACGCUGAUUGUGUUGUACGAAUGCAGAGGGAGCCACAGUCUGUCCCAGGGACCUUAUAGCCUGAACCCAGCAGAGCGAGAGCCAUUCGAAUGCACGUGCUGACAGCUAACCUGCUCUGGUUUUCAGCAUCUUCCAUAGUGUGAUCAGGAUGCUCUCCAGGUACCGUUGUGUUCAAAACUCUUCUUUUUGAUAAUUCUAAAGGGCGCCAACUUUGAGUCUUACAGACUUGAAACUCUCACGAGAGGCUUUUUAAAGCACCACAUGUUCGGACCAUGUCUCUUUUAGACAUUUUAUUCAAGAUCCUGGCUUUUGGGGUCUUUUUGUUUUCUUUCAAGCUUGCUUUUCCUCAGCUUGGCAAUGUUGAAUUUUCCUGGUUUUCAUGGAAAGAUGCCAGACUGUUAAUAUUGUUUUUGUAUUUUAUUUCCCUGAAUUUUUUAAGGCGAAUACAAAAACUGAUGGCUCACAGAGUGCUGCACUGAGAACACAGGAUGCACCAGCAGCUCUGGCAUUAUUAUGAGCUAUUGUUUCUGCACAGUUGUUGCUUAGUAUUUUGCAAAGUCCCUUUGAAACGCACCGUACAAGUUUCUGGUUCAUUUCAAUAGGCUUUGUGUAGUAAAGUGAAUACGUAUGCAAACCAUUGCCAGAAUUGAUUCCGGAGUUACACUUUUAUAAAAUGCCUCACGCAAUCUAGACAGAUGGGGAUUUGCAGAUGUAUUUCCAUUCUUUGCCUGACUCUAAUAUUCAUCACAGUAUGUUCUGUAAAAAUUGCUGGUGCUGGAUGUCCUGCUUAGAUGUCAUGCAGAGGAAAUAGUUUCCCAGAAGGUUCUAGCCAUCCCUAAGAAUGACAUGGAUGUCACAAAAGUGGCUAAAUUGCCAAAACUGCUUCCACCAAAGUAUUCGUUCCAUUAUGUCUUGUGCCAGCAGCCAUGCUCCUUCUCUGAAGUACCCUGUAGCCAGGCAGUGUGUCUCUGAGGUGACUGGUGGUGUUGCCUGAAGCCCUGUUCCAUUUCAUGGCCUGUGCUUUCCACUCAGUUCUACCAGAGGUGGGUUCAGAUUUCAUAUUUGGAAUUCCUGCUUCUCGCAAGUUGAGGGAUUCUUUGCAUCCCAGAUUCAGACGUGGCCUAGCCAAAAGACAAGGGGAAAUGAAAAACAUUACAGCCUAAACCCUCCUUUGUCCAGACUUGAAGUAUGUUAAGACUUGGGUCCAUCUGUCAUUUAAAACAGCUUUUUUUUUUUUCGCUUUUUUUUUUCUUUUUUUUUUCCCUAUGGAAAAAUAUAAUAAUAUUGCAGACCAGGUAUUUUUCCUUCAAGGCUUGGGUUUUAUUUUGACUGUUUGUUUUUCACAUUGCAGUGAAAUUUGAGCACAGGGCUGUUAGGGCAAGAGCUUUUAUUGCAAGCUGUAAGAUUACGAAAAUGGCAGUAAAGAUUGUGCAAUUGUCUUCUAAAGCACAGCUCUCAAGCUGGUCAUGUAUCAUCUGCAUAUGAAGCUCCCUUCAUGCCCUUCAGCACAAUCUGAGCACAAGGGAAGGAAAUCGCUACAAAUGCAAGCAUCAAAUCUUUGAAGCUAACCCUGCUAUCAAACUGGGGCUCUCACCAGCCUAAUGGGAGCUUGUUAGACCAUGUGGUUAAGGUUAAUUGGAUGUGAGACAUAGCUGACUGUAUAUCAAAGUCAUAUGCCUCCAGCAACUUUAUCCCCAGGUAACCUCAAAUGGGAAAAGUAUCGCUGUUAUUAUUCUUUAUUUGGAUUGCAGUAGAAGCUACAGGUCCACUGCUUUUAUUAUAGGCACGGCACAAAUCCACAACAAAGACUUUCCCAGGCCAAAGAGCUUUAAAUCAGACUUUCUGAAAACAGACAACAGGUGGAUACAGGCAGGCAGGGAAGGCAGUAGGUAACCAUGAGAUUUUGACUGGCAGCAGAGGAAUAAUUAAAGUGAGUGUUUACCCAGGGGCUUAUUUUUGGAUUUACGGGAGAUGAUUCAAACUACUUUCCCCCUCCUGUGGUUCUGAACCAGGUUCACUCCCAUUAUUCACAGCCUGCAUGUUUAACCUCCUUUUUAUUUCCUGGCCAGUUGCAUCAGACACACAAAAUCCCUUCCUGAGAGAAUGGGCCUCAGUGUAUCCUUCAGUCCCCCAGCGCUUAAGUCUCGGUCUCCAUCCCAGGCUCCAAAAGCUGGAGUCUUGACCGAGUCUCACCAGGAACUGUCCUGGCUCCAGAUACCUUGUUUGGGUCAUGGGGACAGGCCCUUGCUUGCCAUGAGGAAGGAGGAGGCUACAGAUGGCAUCUCUGCCCUGUAGUUUCCUGUUCUGGCGGUAGAUGACUCAAGCGAGUGAUGCAGGUGCAGUGCCCAGCCCCGCAGACGUGAUCAGACCCAGACAUUUGUAGAAGUGUUGUGGACACCCCAUCCCUUUGGGCUCUGUCUGACGCAACAGCAAUCCACAAAAUCCUGGGUACGGCCAAAUGGGCGAUUCCCCUUCUGAGAAGGUCCUUUCUCUCUCUAAAACUCAACAUUUGAAAGCAGUUAAAAGCAAUCCCAAGUCUCAACUAGCUCCUAAUGAUCCCUAUGAUCACUUUUCAGCCUGAUGCACUUUGAGAACUCAGAGAUAAUCUCCUUCCCUCUCCAACAGGCCAUCAUGCAAUGCUGACAGGCACUCAACUUCUCUCUACUACCUAUUCUGCUGAGGAAGAAGGCCACUGUAGGCAGCCGCUUACCUUUCUCAGCUUGUGUAAAAAUUGUGUUGUUCCUUUUGGUUUAUUAUAUUGAAAAUCUUGACUUUUUUUAGUUGGCAUAAUUCAUCAUCGCUAUCAUCCACGCUGUUUAUUAAUACAUAUAUAUAUAUAUAUAGCACAAAGCAGGCUCAGGUCUAGCCAAACAAAUAUUGAUAUUUAAAAAGGAGCUUCCUUAAUAUAUACAAACCGUUUCAACACAUCUCAACCAAAGAUUGCACUUUUUUAAUAGGGACUGUGAUUUUCAUCUUUGUGAAAUCUGUAUUGAUCUCAAAUAGUCUUUAAUGUCAAUCUGCGACUUACUUUCUUUGAAGUAAAAAGUAAAAGAAUUAAACAUUUGCCCCGUAAGAUUAGACAAAGUUUCAUAUUGGCUUUAACACUAAAUUAGUGUUAGGCUGGUUAUAUUCAGGGUUUUUCUAUUCUCUAAGGAUUAAGGCUGUGAUUUGUUGAAUUAUACUUGAACUGGACCAGAUGUACUAUUUAUUGAGCUUAUAUAAUCUUGUUAAUUUAAGUUUUGGCUUGUAAACAGUUGGAAUUUGUUAGUACUUAUUUAAUUAUGUAGGAACUGUCACCAAUAUUAACUGAUCUGUGUAACUGAUUGCAAAGUGUUUCAAUUUGUGUUUCUUAAAAAGAAAGAUUUUAAUAAAGAGAAUUAUAAAGCA